AUGCAGAAAUAUGAAAAAUUGGAAAAAAUCGGCGAAGGUACAUAUGGUACAGUUUUCAAAGCAAAAAAUGUUGAGACACAAGAAAUUGUCGCAUUGAAAUGUGUUAGAUUAGACGAUGAUGACGAGGGAGUUCCAAGUUCAGCUUUACGUGAAAUCUGCCUACUGAAGGAGUUGAAACAUGAAAAUAUUGUUCGACUUUAUGAUGUUGUUCAUAGUGAGCGUAAACUUACGCUUGUUUUUGAAUAUUGCGAUCAAGAUUUAAAAAAAUAUUUCGAUUCAUGUAAUGGAGAAAUCGAUCAACAACUAGUCAAGUCGUUAAUGUAUCAGUUAUUGCAAGGUCUUUUUUUUUGUCAUACUAAUAAUGUUCUUCAUCGUGAUCUCAAACCCCAGAAUCUCUUAAUUAAUAAGAAUAUGCGAUUGAAAUUGGCUGAUUUUGGGCUUGCACGAGCAUUUGGCAUCCCGGUAAGAUGUUAUAGUGCUGAGGUAGUUACGUUGUGGUAUCGACCUCCAGAUGUAUUAUUCGGUGCAAAGCUUUACGAUACAUCAAUUGAUAUGUGGUCAGCCGGAUGUAUUUUUGCAGAAAUUGCAAAUGCUGGUCGUCCGCUGUUUCCUGGCGCUGAUGUAGAGGAUCAAAUUAAGCGAAUUUUCAAGGUUUUAGGUACACCUACUGAACAAACUUGGCCAUCAUUAUCACAACUUCCAGAUUAUAAACCAAUGUCUGUGGUUUAUCCAUCUGUUACUUUUAAUCAGGUGGUGCCGAACUUAUCAGCAACAGGCCGCGAUUUAUUGCAACAAUUAUUGGUUUGUAAUCCAGUGCAUCGUAUUGAUGCAAAAACUGCUUUACGACAUGACUAUUUUAAAGGUUUUAUUGACUGCUAA